UCUCAUUUCCUGAACAUUCUCGACUCUUCUGGUCUGUCGUGACACCCGGAAACCAAGUAGCCUUAAAACCAGAACGUGUACGACUCACAGGUGCGACACCAGCCAGAGUCUCUAGUAAUACAGAAGACCACCGACUCAGUGGUCGUCUGCCGCUCGGGUCUGCCCCGGUGGACGGGAGGCGUGCAGCGCGGACAUGGCCGACGGAGCCGUCGUCACUGUUCGCCUCAUCAGGUCUUUCGAGCACAGGAACUUCAAACCUGUGGUGUUUCACCGAGUCAGCCUGGAGCAGACGGUGCAGGACUUCAUCCAGCUGGUCAGAGACGAUAUUGCGACAAGGCCAGGACUUCCCCCGCCCUUCAGGAAAUAUGCUUUUGACACCAUGAAAAUCACCCACCAAGCACAUGGAGCAAAGACUAAUGAGCUGGUGAUGAGUUUAGAUGACGAUGAAAAUCUCAUUCUGCAAGACGGCCAAACCCUCAGAGCUGCUGGUGUUGCAAAUGAAACGGAAGUGGCUUUCUUCAGGAAGGAAGACUAUGGUCUCUAUAAGGCAAACCCCAAAACUGCUUGGUGAACACAGAGGAGAUUCCUAAAGGAUAGAGGUCAAAGGUUGAGCAUGCAUGGACCAAAAGGAGAACAAGAGUUGUGCCAUCAUGUUCAUUCUAGAGUUAGAAUUUGUGGGGUUGUUUUCAAAAUUGAAGCCUUUAAUGCGCCUCACUUGACCAACUUUCUUUUUUUGUCUUUGAAGCUUUUCGAAGCAUUUCAUGGCUGUUGGAGUGAGGUCAACAUGGCGAUGGUCAUUCAUUCAGACAGGGUUUGGUUUUUUAGUGGCGCUCUUCAGGCAGGUGGCCACUACAGUUUUGCAGAGGGACAAUGUUAUUGUGACCAUAACAUUAUUUUUCAGUGUUGUUUUAAAAACAUGCGGAGUAAAGCUGUCUGAUAGUUUGGUUUCCUGUUGCUUUAAAACAUAUGUAAAUAAAGUAUAAACAGAGUAAUAUUUACUGCACUACAAAUUUGGUCAUUUGCUGCAAAUAAAUUGCUUUGCACAGGU